CAUUUUUUUUUUUCUCCUGAUUUUUUUAUUGUUUGUCGUUGUUGUAAGAAGAUUUUUUGAUUGAUUCAAUUAAUUUCAAUUAAUUUACAUUUUACGGAUUACAGCAAUUGUCACAAAACUCAUAGAUAUAGGUUAUUUAUUCGGUAAAUAUCUACGUAAUUUUUUUUUAUAAAAAAAAAAAGCUGUUGCUUAAAUUUUAGAGAUAUAUCAAGUCACGUGAAUAAUAAAAUUGAACAACAAAAUAAAAAUGGAGCAAAUCAAAGAGUUGUCAGAGUAUCAAGUGUUCAAAACAGUUCUUAAACACUCAUUGCUCAUUAUUAUAAUGCCAAUAUUAUCAUUUUUCUGCUCAAAAACAUUCCUCCUAGAUGGUUUAUUUGGUAUGAGUCCAACAUCAAGUAACGUGUAUGCAGCUGUCAUUGCAAUAAUUGUACUUCAUGCUGCAUUAGGUGCAUUUAUAUACAAAGCAUACUUUACUGGUAAAAAAGUACCAGCAAAAAAAGAUUAAUUUUUUAUAUUCAUUAUUUAUUUAAUUGUAAUAAAACUGUCUAUAAAACA